CGCCUCUCUCUGCGCUUGCGCUCUUCUUCCCUCAAGACCCCAGUGAGCAGAAAGCUACGACGCACGAGCAGCUGAGAGGAGCAGCCAGCACGGGACGUCUCAUAUGAAUUGGGUUCGUGAGUUCACUUGAUGUCGGCACCCUCAGGGAUGUGGGGUCUGCAAAAUCCAAACCCAAUAACAACAGUCGAGACCUCCAACUAGCACCCACAUCUCUGACCCCCCCUCAUGUUCCUGCAGAGCGCAGACUAGCUCAUUCUGAAAACACUGUUGCAGAGCGAAGAGAAAGGGACCUGUGUCCAACAUGGAGGCUGUAGCAGUGGACAACCUAAUAGACUUUGAUCUGCCCUCCGAGGCCACAGCUCUCAGCAUAGAUGGAGGCCAACACCACGGCCAUACUGACAUUUUCUCCCCAGAGCAGGCCCCCUCCAUGGGAGUCCACCAGCAGCCUUUACUGCCAGAGCCCAUGGCGCCAACCAAGCCCAGUACUCGCCACCAGCACCACCACCACCAAGAGGGAGGAGACAACGACAGCGAUGCUACAGAGUCGGCAGACAGCGAGAACGACAUGGACCCGCCCUCUCACACGUGGGAGCUGAGGAGGUCGUCCUCUUCAUCCGCUCACAGUGGAGAGGACGCCGACAGUGAGACGGUGGAGAGGAGGCAGUUCAUGAAGGCUUAUGUGGAGAAGGUGUUUCAUGGAAAGGAGGACUUUGACCAGGAAGAGAAGGCUCAUUUUGGAGAGCUGUGCAGUGGAGAGAACGGCAAAGGCAGGGAGUGGUUUGCCAAACACGUCAGCGCACAGCGCUGCCACUCUAAACGUGUGAGUGAAGCCACCUUCUACAGACUGGUGCAGUCAUUUGCAGUGGUUCUGUUUGAAUGUUACCAGAUGGAUGACUACAGCCCGGCCAAGAACCUCAUGACUAUGUGCUUCACAUACUACUACAGUGGGAAGUCCCAGCCGUCUCCCUCCGAGCUACUGGAUCGCGGUGGUCCUCCAGCUGGCCUAGACUCGUACAUCAACAAGGCCAACUCCUGGCUGUCCGUGAAGAAGGAUGCCGCUGAGCGCCUCCUCAAAACCACAUCCAAGACUGACGUCAAAGGCUUCUUUGGAGGCCUAGAGAACAAGCUGAGGGGCUCGACUGCUCCCAAGACUGAGGAUGGGGAAGGCCCAGCUGAGACAAAGCCCAAGUCACCAGUGUCUGAAGCUCCAGAGGAACAGAAAGGAGAGAAGGUGUACCUGUACACCCACCUGAAGCAGCAACCCAUCUGGCACACACUGAGGUUCUGGAACGCUGCGUUCUUUGAUGCCGUCCAUUGUGAGAGGAAGAAGAGAUCCCCAACCACAAGAGGAACGCAGGAUGAAGAGAAAGACGAGAGGGAGAAGUGGUGUCACAUGACGCAGGAGGAGAGGGACGACAGCUCCAAAAUCGAUGAGAACAUCGCCUUCGGCCAGCUGGGGACCUUCACUCAUAACAUGCUGGCUUUUGGGCUCAGUAAGAAGCUGUGCAAUGACUUCCUGAAGAAGCAGGCAGUCAUUGGGAACCUGAAUGAAGAACAGUACAAGCUGCUGAGUGACCACAUACAGAAAAUGGCGGCAGAGUGAGGUUGUCGACGACGCUGCAUUUCAAAGUCUCCACGUAACGGACUGACGGCACACAUCAGCUAUUUCUUUGCAACUCAAUGCCACCGUGACUCUCUGUUUGGCUGUUGUUCAUUUGUGUGGUGCACUGCUGUGUAGAGCAACAUAACCUACUGUACUGAACUGUGCCAUAGUUGUAGCAAACCCUGUUUAUGUGACGUGGUCGUGCUCCUCUGCACCCUGUCCUAUAGCUGCAAUAAUACAACAUCAUCAAGUGGUGCACACUGUAGUGUCUGUGACUGUCUGUAAGCUGUGUGACAAAGACCGUCCAGUAUACAAUCGCCUCAGUAUGGCGUCACCAGAUCUACACGGGAUGUGUACAUUAUAUUUCCUCCGUGCUGUUUUGUUCGGUGUUCCCCACAUGUAUUACAUGUUAGUAUCAUACAUUUAACAUAAAUGUCUGUAUACAGUUCAAACCAGACUUGGCUAUGAUAGGACGUGAUGACUCACAGGGUUUAACGUGCUGAUGUCAGUCCUUUUCAAUCACAAAGCCACUUCAGUUAUUUACUGAAUACUUUCUGUAACGCUGUCAUAUCCUAUUUGGCAAUGCAAAGAAAGAUGAAUUAGUGAGCUUUAGAGGUGCUGGGAGGCAUGGAUGGACGAGUGGACGGGCCUACUGCACACAGGCCCGGGGGCCCUCAGUGCCAGAGGCCCCCCUGUCCCUCAUCUACAAAAUGUCAAUCAAAGACCAGGAGACUCAAAAGGACCACAAAGAAACAUUAAAAUGACGACAAAGAGAUACAAAACCAUAACUCUGAAGUCUGUGUGUUGCUCUUAUGUAGUGCUGGGGCCUUCUGCAUGUCCCUGCCCAGGGGCCCAUUGUCUCAUAGUGGUGGUGGACAUUGUACCUCUGGACAGGCUAACUGGUUACUCCUGCUUCCAGCCUUUAAUGCUAAGCUAACACACUGGUAUCAUUCUUCUCAACAAGAAGAAAAAGCAGCAAAGUCUUCCUUCUGAUUUCAGUCAUGUUUCCUCCGGCCCACAUUUACAAUCUAGCCGUAUUCAUUUGAUCUUCUUUAAUCAGACACUUAAUAAUCUCCUGGGAACACUGGAGAGCACUCAUCUAUCCAGAGUGCCUUCCAUGAACGUUAACGUGUUGAUCCUCUGAUGCUGUAACUCUAUUGGCCAACCAACCACUGAAGCAGAGCCUGCAGUGAUCUCUCUUACUCGUGCCCUGCUAGAUAUAAAUGGUAAUAACUUUGGUUGUAUUGCUGUCUGUGUUGUCAGUGACCUGAGUCGUGUCAGUUCAUUGUCCUUUGGUUGAGCUGUAAUGAUGCGUAGCUAAGCAUGUUGCCUGCACGGCCCAGCAUACUCGUGAGUUCCUCUCCUGCUGCAUAUGUGUCUGUAUAUCUCUCUACAUGUGCAAACUGCAUCAAGCUAAUGUAAAGUGAGUGACUGAACUGUGAAGUGACAUUAGCUAGUUGUAUUACUUCCUCCGACCACUGCGGGGCAGCAUCGCGUCUUCAUUCACAGCUCCUCAGUGAGAGAUUCCUGCUCAGCUUCACUCUGGAGAACAGAUCAAUGUGUGUUUCUAAAUGAUGACUUCUACAUCUCAAUGCUGGCAUGAUCCAUCCAAGUUUAGAUCGAUGUUCUCCUUUGAUCUCCUGUGCUGAUGAAGUCGUUCUGUAAAUACUGUACAUAUUCCUCUGUAUAUUGUAAGAAUUGAUCACGUGCUGCUGCUGCUUGUGAAUUAUAUAUCUGUAAAUGUAUAAACAAUAGAUGUAACUGUGCCCGCCGUGUCCUUGAGGAACAUACAUGUGUGACUGUCCCUCUGCUGUAAGCCUUUGAAACCAAACACCCUUCAUCCCUUCUGGCUUGGUUGACGUAUUGACCUGUAUAUGUUGUACCUGUUGGCUCAGCAUGAGCCAUUUGCACUACAUUUAGUGUGAGCAUGUGCGCCCUCUCAUCCUCUGGAUGAUACUGCACUGAUGCCUGUUCUCUUUGUUCUGCGCUCUGUCUCCAGCAUAUCUGUUAAAUGGAUGAAAAGACCGUUUGAAGCGUGUUGACUUUGUCUCAAUUAUCAAGCAAGUGACAUUUGUCAUUAAAGUAGUACAGUAAGUUUUUAUGGGAUUGCCCUUUUGAUGAAUCAUGUGAUGACAAUGUGGUCUCCAGAUCCACGUGUCCCAGUUGCUGGUUAGUUCGGGGGUUCCAUGCUAACGGUUCAGCACUUCCAGAGUUAUUUAUUCCUCGUUGGAUUACUACUCACUCUCAUGAGGCUCACUUACGCUGGACAACCAGAAGAGAAGUUGAUGUGAAUUUAAGUAACUUCCAAAACAGAACUGCCAUUGACUGAAGAUGAACUGAGAUGAAGUACCUGGUUUAGCUCCAGAGCUGUCUGGCACACUGUGAGUUGUCUAGAUAUCAGCCUCGGACGCCUUAGAGACGUCUGCCUUCUCUCCGAUGUAAUGGGACUAUGUGGCACCCCAAGCGCCAAAAGUGUCAUUUUUAAAAACUCAACAGCAAUGUCUCCAGAGAUCAUGAGCCGGUUCCUCAAGAUAAUCCUCAGAGCUUGUUGUGAGCAGUUUCAUGUGGGAGCUAUGCAUGCUCAGGGUCUGAUUAAAGCUGUAUACUAUCACGUUGGCUGCAUGGAGACCUGAUCGACUGGCAACAAACACAUUAAUAUCAAUGUGCACGUUGUCAUUACUCUAAAGCUGACUGAUGAAGUCUGGGGGAUCUGCUCUGGUCUCAUCUGCUGUACCUGUGAACGUGUCGAAUCAAGAUGUUAGCCGUUUUAUUGUGCUAUGCUUACGUUUGCCUGGACAUGGUUCAAGUUGCUGAUACUGAAAUAAAUGUAUGUUUUGGAUGUC